AUGUCCCUCGCAGUCAAAACCACACUCGCCCUCUUCACCUCGCUCCUCAUAUCAGGUGCAGCAGGAAUUUCUGUCCGGUCAGCCCAGAAGGACAGCAAGGUGUUCCCAACGUCCUGCUAUCAAUGUCCUCUUGAAAUCGACGGGGAUUUCCGCUUCUUCGAGUCCCAGCGCGGCGAAGAUUUCCUGGCGUGCUACUAUAAAGUCCCGUCUAAAAAAAGGCUUGAAACCUUUUGCUCCUACGCAUACGUGAAGGGAGAUGGCUACAUUCUGAUAGUAGACGGGGACGGUCAUUGUCCCUUGGGCUCCGAACUCAUACAGAUAUGUGGUUAG